GCCGCCGGGUCCCGCCACCUCUCGCCCGGCUAUUAAUACCGGCGGCCCGGGAGGGGGGCGCAACGUGCGCAGCACAGCCAUGGGGACUCUGCUUGCCUUCGUGGUCGGCGCGGCACUGGUGACCUCGGCCUGGGGGGGCUGUGUGGAGGUGGACUCGGAAACCGAGGCUGUGUACGGGAUGACCUUCAAAAUUCUGUGCAUCUCGUGCAAACGCCGCAGUGAGACCACCGCUGAGACCUUCACAGAGUGGACCUUCCGCCAAAAAGGCACCGAGGAGUUUGUCAAGAUCUUGCGCUACGAGAACGAGGUGCUGCAGCUGGAGGAGGACGAGCGUUUUGAGGGCCGCGUGGUGUGGAAUGGCAGCCGGGGCACCAAGGACCUGCAGGACCUGUCCAUCUUCAUCACCAAUGUCACCUACAACCACUCAGGCGACUACGAGUGCCACGUCUACCGCUUGCUCUUCUUCGAGAACUAUGAGCACAACACCAGCGUCGUCAAGAAGAUCCACCUGGAGGUGGUGGACAAAGCGAACAGAGACAUGGCGUCCAUUGUGUCUGAGAUCAUGAUGUAUGUGCUCAUCGUGGUGUUGACCAUAUGGCUCGUGGCAGAGAUGGUUUAUUGUUACAAGAAGAUCGCUGCUGCUACAGAGGCUGCUGCGCAGGAGAACGCCUCGGAAUACUUGGCCAUCACCUCAGAAAGCAAAGAGAACUGUACGGGCGUCCAGGUGGCUGAAUAGCCUUGGCCCUGGGCUCCACCUCAAGAAAGAGCCAGCCCUGACUGGAAUGCCCAGGCACACCUGCCCCCAGGGGGGAGUUGGCCAGCCCUGAGCCUCCACAUGCCUCAGAGUCCUGCCAAGGGAGCUGUCAGGGUGGGAGGGGGCAGGGGGCUUGGCUCACACCCCAACCUAGCCUUCUUCCUCCUGCCCAUCGCCCACCCGCCCACCGCCAUGCAUGAUGGUAAAGCAAUACUGCCGCUGCCCCGCCCCUGCUUCUGCUGCCUGUUUGGGGAGGGGGCGGCGAGGUGGGGGCAGCGGCUCCGCAUCCCUCCUUCUUGCUGAUUUGCACACAUUGGCCGCUUCAGACACGCACUUUUGGGGCCAGUCCCUCCUGCCUCAUCCCUGCCGGAGGUGGAGGGGGGCUGGGGUCGUGAUGGGCUUGAAGAGUUUAGGGCAGGGGGUCUGGGACCCACUCCAACCCCCAGCAUCAUUCCCCCUCCUGCUUCCUCCAGCUGGACCUGGGGUUCCCCCUCCCUGUGAUGCACUCUUGCCCCGGCCCAACCCCGCCCUCUCUCACCAGCCUUGGAUUGGGGCCACUUCGAAAGGGGCCCAUUCAGCCUCGUCUCUCUUUACAGAAGUAGUUUUGUUCAUGAAAUAAAGAUUCUUGGACUUGAU